UCUCAGAACCGAGUUCCGGCCCGUCUUUCCCCUGGAGGCCCUCGGUGGGCGCUCUGUGGGCCUGGGUGAAGAUGGCCUGUGCAGCCGCACGGUCCCCGGCCGACCAAGACAGGUUCAUUUGUAUCUAUCCUGCUUAUUUAAAUAACAAGAAGACCAUCGCGGAGGGGAGGCGAAUCCCCAUAAGUAAGGCUGUUGAAAAUCCUACAGCUACUGAGAUUCAAGAUGUGUGCUCAGCAGUUGGACUUAAUGUAUUCCUUGAGAAAAAUAAAAUGUACUCUAGAGAGUGGAAUCGUGAUGUUCAGUACAGGGGCAGAGUCCGGGUCCAGCUGAAACAGGAAGACGGCAGCCUCUGUCUUGUACAGUUCCCAUCACGUAAGUCAGUAAUGUUGUAUGUAGCAGAAAUGAUACCUAAACUAAAAACAAGGACACAAAAAACAGGAGGUGGUGACCAAAGUCUUCAGCAAGGAGAGGGAAGUAAAAAAGGGAAAGGAAAGAAGAAGAAGUGACCAGAUUUGAGAGUCAAGUCUGUGGUGCUACUGUGAGAGAUAGUGAAUGAAGGCUUCUAACUUAUCUUAGAGAAAUGGAAGCUUUUUAUUUGCAUCAUUUAACCGAACUGUGGACAUCUCUGCCUCCCAGCUUCAGCAUCAGAGUUGACAAUGAAAUAAAUUUACAUCAGAAGUUUGCAUCUAGCUCUUAUGCAGUUUAAAAGAAAAUUUUUUUGCUUUUCAACACACAGUUUUUGUGGAAGAAAGAAGCAUAUUUUUAAAUGGACAGUGGACUCUGCCGUAAGUUACAUGAAAUCCUGUAUCUGCCCUGUGUGGAAACAUGUUUCAGAUAAAUGAGUUUAAAUAAAGAUUUGAAAUACACAUUUUCUUCAGCUUUUAAGUUAAUGAAAUAAAAUUUGAAACUGA